AUGUCUAUAAUCCAUGAGAAAUCCCCCAAACACUGCGCAGAGAAGCAAAGAACAAAAAUACUCAACAAAUCAAAGAAGAAGCUCUUGGUCUGCGCAUCGACGUUCUUCCUCUGCAUCCUCUGCCUCAUACUCCUCCUCUGUUUCAUCCUACACCCCUCCAACCCCCACUUCUCUCUCACACAAGUUGACAUCAAUCACGUUGAUAUAACAUCACCAUCACCCUUCCUCAACUCCUCCAUCAACCUCACUCUCCUAUCCACCAACCCUAACAAGGGAAUCGGAAUCUACUAUGACGGAUUCCUCCUACAUGCUUCCUACAACAGCCACGCCAUGACUCCCGACACCUCUGUUCCACCAUUCUUUCAAGAUCAUCAACAGCCCAACCUCCUCAACGCCUCGUUACUCGGUAACCACCACCAUGUCGACCUUUCACUAGUUGCCGAAAAACUGCCGUUGGGUUUCACAGCCACCGGCAGCCUCAGGUGGAAAGUGGGGAAUUGGAUUUCUAGGAGAUAUGGAUUCAGUGUAGAUUGUGAGACUGUUUUGCCGUUGGGACGUAUAGAUUCGAUUCUCUUGACUUCCAAACAACCCACAGUUUGUUCUACUUCGUUUUGA